GUUUCAGUUGAAUUGACUUCAAGUGCGCUAAAUACAAGAUGAAGGUUUUGAUUUGCUUGUCCGUGUUUGUGGCCGCCACGGUGGCACUGCAUUUGCCAUUCAAUCCACUGGCAAAGUUAGAUUCUGACGAUGCAUCUUUCCCACGACCUGAGCCACCACAAGUUCGCCCACCACAUAUGCCCGAAAUGAGCCCUGAACUCCGUGAAUUCCUCAAGGAUGUUCGUGAUUUCAUGAGGCUUCUGCCACGCAGGGAACUUCGUCAGCUCGUGAGGGAUGCCUUCAAGAAUGACAAGGAAUUCCGCAAGACCAUCAAGUACAUGCGCUCCCCACAAUUCCACGUUGCCAUGAAGGAGAUUGGAGAUCUCCCUGAAGUUCAGGAGCUCUUCAGUCACUUUGUUGAGCAACACAUUGAGGGACAGGAUCUCACAAUGCGUGCCUUGACUGCUUUCGAGUCUGAAAUUGAAAUUCUGCCUCUGCCUGAGCCAGUUGAGUCUCAAACCACCGGAGGACUCUGUGGACUCAUUGAUCGUGUUAUGGCCAUCCUUCCUCAUGAGGAACUUCGUGCUCUUCACCUUGAAAAGGUUGCCAAUGGUGGUGUCUUUGCCAAAUUCGUCGGGAUCGUCACCAGCGAUGCAUUCUUGCAGCGUGUUGAGGCUGUUCUUCAGUCUGAGCGCUUCAUUGAACUCACCGAUGCUCUCCGUGAGCGUGGUGUGUGCCUCGACAAGAUGGGUAAACUCCAAAUGAGCAUCCUUGGAUUCCAUUAAAUCCACAUUUAAUCCAGAAAAGUUGUUCCUUGUACACAAAAAUGUCGUGACAAGAGUUUUUAAAAAUAAAAAGUAGCAGCUUUAGAUGAUUGGAAAUAUA